CGCGGCUAGUCGCCAGCCCUGAGCUCACUCAGUCGACGCACUGAAGGCGCGGACAGCGGACCCGACCUCCCCAGCGUGGCGGUUCCAACUCACAUCUCCAAGUGCCGAGCGCGCUGUCCCACCGAGACGAGGGAGCGCGGGCUGCUCGGCUAGACGUGCGCAGCACCGCGGGUUCCUCGGAACCGGGCGCGGUGAGCGCAGGGCGGCGCGGCCAAUGCGGUCUGGUCUCCUCGAACCAGGGGACCUGGGUCCCUUUUGACUCUCCGUCAGGCCCAGGCGUCCUUCCCCAGUCUACUACUAAGAGGCUACCGCGAAGUUGGAGUAAUUCCUGAUCUCCACAGCUGUUCCUUUCCUCAUCCGGACCUGAGGAAGUUUGCCGCAGAAACGAAAGGAACAGCUCUGAGGUGAAAAAACGUGGUGUAUUUUUGAACAUUUGGAGCAUUUGGAAGGAAACCAGACAUGUCCUUGGAUGAUAUUAAGAUGAAAUCUAGUGACUUCCUGGAGACGGAGCCUCUAGACAGUGGGGGCUUCGGACAGGUGUCUUUGUGUUUACACAGAUCCCAUGGACUCGUAAUACUGAAAAAGGUGUACACAGGGCCGAAGUGCAUGGAGUACAACGAGUCCCUCCUGGAGGAGGGCAAGAUGAUGCACAGGCUGAGACAUGAGCGGGUGGUGAAGCUGCUGGGUAUCAUCAUAGAGGAGGGCAACUACUGCCUCGUGAUGGAGUACAUGGAAAAAGGCAACCUGAUGCACGUGCUGAAAGCUGAGAUCAGUAUCCCCCUUUCUGUAAAAGGAAGGAUAAUUCUGGAGACCAUUGAAGGGAUGUGCUAUUUACAUGGAGAAGGUGUAAUACACAAGGACCUAAAGCCUGAAAAUAUCCUCGUUGACAACGACUUUCACAUUAAGAUAGCUGAUCUUGGCGUUGCUUCCUUCAAGACUUGGAGUAAGCUGACUAAAGAGGAACAUAAUGAGCAGCGAAAAAUGAAUAGUCUCUCUAAGAAAAACGGCGGCACCCUCUACUACAUGGCCCCUGAGCACCUGAAUGACAUCAAUGCCAGGCCUUCGGAGAAGUCAGAUGUGUACAGCUUUGCCAUAGUCCUUUGGGCAAUAUUUGCAAAUAAGGAGCCAUAUGAAAAUGCUAUCUCUGAGCAGCAGUUGGUAAUGUGCAUUAAAUCUGGGAACAGGCCAGAUGAGGGGGACAUCAUUGAGCACUGCCCAAAGGAAAUCAUCAGCCUCAUGGAGCAGUGCUGGGAGGCAGAUCCAGAAUUACGGCCAACAUUUGCUGGCAUUGAAGAAAAAUUUAGACCUUUUUAUUUACGUCAGUUAAAAGAAGAUAUAGAGGAGGAUGUGAAGAGUUUAAAGAAAGAGUAUCCUGGCCAAAAUGAAAUUGUGAAGAGAAUGCAGUCUCUCCAAAUGGAUUGUGUAGCAAUACCUCCAAGCAGGUCAAAUUCAGCCACAGAACAGCCCGGUUCACUGCAUAGUUCACAGGGACUUGGGAUGGGUCCUGUGGAAGAGUCCUGGUUUGCUCCCUCUCCGGAGCACCAGCAGGAGGAGAAUGACAGGCUGCAGAGUAAACUCCAGGAGGAAGCCAACUACCAUCUUUUUGGCAGCCGCAUGGACAAGCAAACAAAACAUCAACCCAGACAAAAUGCAGCUUACAACAGAGAAGAGGAAAGGAGACGAAGGGUCUCCCAUGACCCUUUUGCACAGCCACAACCUUAUCAGAACCCAGGGGCAAAAGACCUUGCUUCUUCAAAUACAACCAGUCAUGGUAAUGAAGUACACCAACCAGUUGGACUGACCAGCCAAACUCAAGGACUACACUGGAACAAUGGAUCAUAUAAUCCACAUGGUUUUAGAACAAGAUCACUAGAUCUGGGAACAGUAGGUUCCAGAGUUUGUUAUGGGCCAAAUCUAAGCCACAUGCCAAGCCUGCAUAAAACUCCAGUGCCUGAGACCAACCUACUGGGAAACACACCCACCAUUCCAUUUGUCUCCCUGUCUUCAACAGGUGAGUCUCUAAAAUGUUCCAUAUAUAACAGUACUGGCAUUCAGAUUGGAGACAAGAAUUACAUGGAAGUUGGUGGAGUGAGUUCACCAUUACUGGACAACAUGUACAUGAACUUGAAAGAGCCCGCUUCUAAGUACCAAGAUAUCUUUGAUAAUACCACUAGUCUGACUGAUAAACACCUGGACCCAGUCAGGGAAAAUCUAGGAAGGAGCUGGAAAAGCUGUGCACGGAAACUGGGCUUCACUGAAUCUCAGAUUGAUGAAAUUGACCAUGACUAUGAGCGAGAUGGAUUAAAAGAAAAGGUUUACCAGAUGCUCCAAAAGUGGCUGAUGAGAGAAGGCAAUAAGGGGGCAACAGUGGGAAAGCUGGCCUUUGCACUCCACCAGUGUUCAAGACUAGACCUUCUGAACAACUUGAAAUAUAUCAGCCAGAACUAACUCUAAAAGGAGCUUUGGCAGCAAUAAGUAAACUCCUCACUUAGUGAGUAAUCCACUGAAAAUGUGCUGCCGCAGAUCAUCCAGAAUUCUUUCCUCAUCAGUAUGGAUCCUGUACUUGCAUAAAAACCAUGUUCUGCAUUUCACAGUUAGACAAUGGGAAAGAAGUCUACAGCAAACAACCUGCUACACAGGAAGACUUAUUAAUGGCCAAGCCUUAAUGAAAAGAAGAAGCCUAAGUGGGUUUGAAAAGGAAAGAAAAGAUAUUUGAGAAAGAUCAUUUUCUUUUACUUUAUCCCAUAACCUUCAGUUCUGCUAUUCAUUCCGUUUUCUGGAAUUUUGUUUGAGCGACAAAAGAAAUUUCAGAGAAUGUAAACUAAAUCAGCUUUCUUAUUUUGUGCUCUUUUUUCCACAUAGGCUCCUGUUAUAACCAAAGUACAGAAAAAUUCUAAGUUCUCUUCAAAUACUAUGAUGUUUUUUGGUAUUACAACCACAGUUCAUUCCAAAAUUAUGUGUUCCGUUACUUCAAUAUCAAAUUCUGUAUCAGUCAUUACAGGCUUCAAGAACUGCACGCAAUCUCCAUAAAUUAACUGAAGGGAUUUUAUGAUUUACUAAGAAGGGGGGAAAAACAAAAAAGCACAAUUUCCCAGGCAGUCAUUGCAAGAAAUUGCUACUAAUUGUGACAAUUACAAAAAGUCUUAAGUUUUUCAGUUCCUCCCUAGUGUUCUGGCACUUUAGGCACUUUCCCAACCUGUGUGCCCCGCAGAGGGAGCAGGUGUGCGAGGAAUGUUAUCUUCACCUUGGCUGUGACUGGAGCCUUGGAGCUGAUCACUGUUGAACAUCUCUCCAGUUUACCCCCAGGUGCUGUAUAAAUAUUUUAAUUUUUUUUCUGUGAGCUACAAUGUAGAAAAAAGGCCAGCUUCACAAUCUGGUAAUUGUGCUUCUAGCACUCAACCUUUCAAAGCCCACAUGAAACUCAGGAAUGAAUGAAGAGUCUGGAAGACUGGAACACUGAAGCCAACUGGGCCACCCAGGAUCACUGUCAGAACUUUGCUAACCGGAAAGGGUAUGCCAUGGAGGAAAGGAGAGGGGUGCGGAUUGACCAGUCGGGCUGUCUGAACAGAUUCUAGUGCCGGGUGGGUUGAUAACAGAAUUGUUCAUUCUGAUUCUAAUCCUCCUCCAGCUCAACCCAGCAGAUAAACACACACACCUGAAGUGGGACUGUAAAGAGUUUCUCAGCCUCGGCACUAUUGGCAUCUUGGGCUGGAUAAUUCUUUGUUGUGGGGAACUGUCCUAUGCAUUGUUGGAUGUUUGAAAACAACCCUGGCCUCUACCCACUAGAUGACAGUAGCACUGUUCUCCCUCUCUUCCCAUCCCCAGUUGUUACAAAGAUGUCUCUAGGCAUUGCCAGAUGUUCCCUGGAAAAGUGAAAUUGCACCAGCUGAGAAGAACACUGUUACAAAGUAAUGAACCUCAAUUUUCUUACCAACACAUACACAGGCUCACUCCUUAGUUGCCACACAGCUCUGAUCACAAAGACCAAAAGCAAAACUAAAGGGGGAAAGGGUCCCAGGCUUUGCUAGUGGGAGUUGGAUGCUUUCUUUUCUAAAUGUAUCCCUUGUACCUUGUCUUAACAGUGUUCUAAAAUCUUUAACUUCCAAAGAGAUUGAAUGAUCCAUAAUAAGGGGCAAAAAUGAAAAGUAUUCUGACUCUUCAAAAAUAAAAUUUUGUACCUUAAAUACAA